AUCCUGAGUUCACCCGCUGCUGCCCUGGCCUAGUUGUGGUUCUGGGACUCGGGCCUCAGACUGGCCAUGAGCUGUGCCUCAUGGAAGUGGCGUGGCCCUGAGCAGGCAGCUGGCUCUUUCUCCAUGACCCUUGCUGGCCAUGCCAUUCAGAGGGUCUACUCCCUCCCUGCUCGGGGGGUCUUUACCCGGCGUGGCCCGAGGAGGAGUCCAGGUCACAGCCAAAGCACGGCUCCUAUCCCUCCCCCAGGUCCCGCCUGGAGACCAGCGGGAGCCUGCUGCCUGCUGCUCUCAAGGGCAGCCCCCCAUCACCAUGCACAGCACAGCUCCUAUCCUUCCCCAGGUCCUGCCUGAAGACCAGCGGGAGCCCGCUGCCUGCUGCUCUCACGUGCAGCCCCCCACCACCAUGCACUCCUUGGACGAGCCGCUCGACCUGAAGCUCCGGGCGGCGAGAGAGAAGCGGGAGAGGACACUGGGUGUGGCCCGGCACCGGGCGCUGCACAGGGAACUUGGCUUGGUGGAUGACAGCCCCACGUCCGGCUCCCCCGGCUCCCCGCCCACAGGCUGAACCCCAAGUGCCCCGAGAAGGUGGAGGGACGCUUUUCCACAGCUCCUCUGGUGGACCUCAGCUUGUCACCGCCAUCGGGGCCGGAUUCACCCAAUGGCAGCAGCUCACUGUCCCCCGAGUGCCAGGGGAAUGGAGACCUGCCUCCAGUGCCCACUGCCCCGGACUUCCAGCCACUGCGCUACCUUGAUGGCGUCCCUGGCUCCUUCCAGUUCUUCCUGCCCCUGGGCUCUGGGGGUGCCCUGCACCUGCCUGCUUCCUCCUUCCUUACUCCCCCCAAGGACAAGUGCCUCUCGCCAGAGCUGCCCCUGCCCAAGCAGCUGGUGUGUCGCUGGGCCAAGUGUAACCAGCUCUUUGAGCUCCUGCAAGACCUGGUGGACCACGUCAAUGACUACCAUGUCAAGCCCGAGAAGGACGCGGGGUACUGCUGCCACUGGGAGGGUUGUGCCCGCCACGGCCGCGGCUUCAACGCCAGGUACAAGAUGCUCAUCCACAUCCGCACACACACCAAUGAGAAGCCGCACCGCUGCCCCACCUGCAACAAGAGCUUCUCCCGCCUGGAGAACCUGAAGAUCCACAACCGGUCCCACACAGGCUGGACUCCUGAUGGAAGCUCUCAAAGCACACGUUGUCUUCCUGUGUUCCCUGUGUGGUCUCGUCUGCCUGCUGGCUCUGACGGCAAAGCCCACAUCUGCUUGACUCCUCACUGUACCCCAGCCCACAGUGGGGCUCUGGUAAAGCCACACCGAAGUGGACCCAGGCUAGGCAGGAGUCAGAUCUUGUGCCCCACCCUGAAAUUGGAGCACAUGCUCUUAGGAAGUUCUCACGGGGCGGGGGGGGGGGGGGGGGGUCCCUAUGAGGGCUGCAACAAGCGUUACUCCAACUCGAGCGACCGGUUCAAGCACACACGCACCCACUACGUGGACAAGCCCUACUACUGCAAGAUGCCCGGCUGCCACAAGCGCUACACCGACCCCAGCUCGCUGCGCAAGCACAUCAAGGCCCACGGCCACUUCGUGUCCCACGAGCAGCAGGAGCUCCUGCAGCUGCGCCCACCCGCGCCCUUGGGGGCUGGGGGCCUGGGCCUGCCUGUGGUCUCCCUCCUUGCCGGCUCUGCGGGCAGCAAGGCCGAGGGGGAGAAAGGGCGAGGGCCUGUGCCUGCCAGGGCCCUGGGCAUGGAGGGCCGCAAAACACCCCUUGAAAGGACGGAGAGCAGCCGCUCCCGGCCGAGCCCCGAUGGACUCCCACUGCUGCCGGGCACCGUGCUGGACCUGUCCACGGGCGUCAACUCAGCGGCCAGCAGCCCAGAGGCGCUGGCCCCCGGCUGGGUGGUCAUCCCCCCGGGCUCCGUGCUGCUCAAGCCGGCCGUGGUGAACUGAGCUGCGGAUGGGCAGCAGGGCAGUCCAACAGCUGCCAGCCCUGCUCGACGAACGGAAGCUCUUCUGUGAAACAGCAAUACUCCUGCCAGCCGUUCGACUGUGCUCCUGGCAGCAAGCAUGGUGCUAGAAGGUCACUGCGGGCUCCCGGCCCCAAGUGAGGACCUGGACCUGCCGUCCAGGGAGAGCCGUGCUCUUUCUUGGGUGCUGAGGCCUCGCUCACCCUGGCCCUUCCCUGCCCAUUCUCCCCACCACCUCCGCCCUGGUGCCUCCCUUGGGAGUGCGACCUCCCUCUCCCCUCGCCCACUGCCAGCCACGGGGACUGGCAGAGACUGCCCGCAUUCCAGCACUGGGGACAGUGCAGUGGUGUCUCUCCUCCCCAGCCAGGCUUGCUUCCCUCCCCCUGCCUGUGAUGAGCUAUGAGGAGCCCCCAGGGGUCAGACUGUACCCUGUCAUGCCUAGGCUCACCCAGCCUGGCUCUGGGGGCUCUCUUGACCCCUUUCCCUCCUGCCUACCCUCUGGAGGGAGAGUACGAUAGACCCAGGCCCUAGCAAAACCACAGGCAGAAGUCACUGCCCUCCUUACCCACCCCCCAUGACAAGGUGCCUCCUGCUUGGAGCAGAGGCCUGCUGUGCCAGCCACCCCUCACGUUGCCUCUCCCAGCCAGACAGUGCUGUCCAAGGCCCUCAGGGUGUGGGUAGGUGACCACUCUGCACCUGUCCCUGGGGCCGCCUCCCUCCGCCUUCCAGGGGCUCCUGGGAAUGUGGGAAGCAAGUCAGAGGGAGCCCUGAGCAGGGCCAGGGCUCCUGGUGAUCAGGUCUCUGGCUUGGCCCUACUCACUUAGGGAAGGGGCGGGUGAGGGCAGUCCAACUCCACCUUUGUCAUCUCCACCCUAGCAGGGACUGGCCUGGGCACUGCUGCCAAGCACAGCCUGCAGGCCGUGGUCCUGAGGUGGGAUGUGGAAGGCUGGCUGGGAUGCAGCUUCUGGGAAGGGAGGGCUCUAGGUCAGUGCCAGACCCAGGAGGUUCCUGGAGGCCACAAACCUCAGGGUUCAUCUUAGAGUCAGCUGAGCAGCCAGGGAUGGCCAUGGAAUGGCCUGGGAAGGGACCUGGGGUGGCUGAGGAAGGACUUGUGACCUGGCUGUCAGUGGCUUUUCCCAGCUGAGCCCCUAUCCUAGAAAGUAUUCUGCACUACUACCCACCCCAGCUUGCUCCCUGGGGCCCGUGCUGCUCAGAAGGGCCCAGUCGGGGGCUGAAAUGAGCUAGGGAUGUCAUAGGCCCUGGUGCCCACUGCCCAACCCCAGGACCUGCUGUGCUGGCCCCUUUCCCACCUGGCAGCCAGUAGCUCUGGCUCCCAGGCCUUCCCUGUCCCCAGGCCACAGUGGCCAAGCCCUGCCAUCUCCCUAUUCGUGACAGUGGAGCUGCCUGGAUGGCAGUGGGGACCUCAGGACCCUACCUCCCGUGAGCAGCUCUGCAGAUCCCACCCUUUCUGGACUGCCCUUCUGUCCCAGAGGGGUCACCCCGAUCUGGCCCAUUCCCCAGAUGGGCUUACGACCCCAGCCCUGCAGGGUCUGGCCACGGGCUCUGCCCCUCAGAGGCUGUGAGCAAGGUAGGAGGGAGCUGGUCUCCCUUCUCUGGGCCCCAUCCAGGACCCAAGCACCCCACCCACCAGGGCCGCAGGCUCAAUCCCCUGCUGGGGGUCAUGGGUUUGCGACUUGAGCCCAGGAGCAGAGGAACAGGGCACUGCAAGGUUGGCACUAGCUCGGCAUGUGACUUGGUGAUGGACCAGGCCGGAAGGGCCAGUGUAUCUCGUCAGUUUGUUGUUGCACAUUCCAGGAUGUCAGUAUUUUAACAGGUUCUAAGUGCCUUUAUUGUAGCUUAUGUUUUUCCUCCUUUUGGCUCCAUUGCUGUUAGCAUAGAGUUUAAAAAAAGAGAUAAGCUAAUGACUAUAACAAUAUAUUCCUCCAUGUGAGAGGAAGUUUAUAAGAAACAAUAAACGUGAGUUGCAAAGA